CGUCAACAAUCAGCACCACCACCAGCACCACCACCACGGUCAGUCAACCACCACCACGGCCAGUCGACCACCGCCACCUUCUCUGCAGCACGGCUCGUGCGCGGCGAGGAUUAACGCAGAGGGGCUCUGCACUGGCGGAGGAGGAGAAGCCAGAAGUAAUCAUCCAAAAACAAUGACCUUAUGCCAUUCCUCUAUUCCUCGACUACAUCACAGUAAACACAUAUUUAAAUUUUAGACUUCAUCGCGCAAAACAUCAGCAAACAAAAAACAAACGAUGCUGAUAAUGAACUUGGCGAAGACUGCCAUGCGUAAAUAAAAGACGUGGAGAAAUACAGCAGACAACUACCAAGGAAUCGGUCGGUAGUUCUCCUGAAAACAAACGGAGGGGGGACAGCGUCUUUCGCAAUACAGCCUCGGCCUCACUCACUCUCCUCACUAGCCCACGCCACCUGCCUGCUGACGCGAUGCUGCCCAUGGACCACAGCCCCACGACUGGCGUGGUGACGGUCAUUGUCAUCUUGAUAGCCAUCGCGGCUCUCGGCGCGCUCAUCUGCGGCUGCUGGUGCUACCUGCGCCUGCAGCGAGCAUCGUGUCCCUCCGAGGACCAGGAGAGCAUGGUGGUGGAGCCGGGCCGGUACGAGGGAGGCCUCAACGCCGGCGGUGGUGGUGUUGGGGGAGGACUGGGCAAAGGCAGCAGCCGUGAGCCUUUCCUCAUGGUGCAAAUGCCGGCCAAGGGGCCGUGUCCGGAGCGCCAGGCCAUCCUCAUCUCCGACCAGACAGGUGGUGGCGGCUAGACAACAUCGUUUUACGACGGUGGCCCAAAACAACCAUUACAACUACCGCUUUGGAAACGUGGGACGCCUAAAGUAAAAAACCACCAAACCAACCGCUUAUUAUAAAGUAGCAUAUCCAGUCCCCACCGUGCUAUCGUACACACUGUAGAAUCUCUUUGCAGAAUUAAAAAACCCGUAAUGCUUCAACAACCACAUUCAAAUGACAGGAGAGGAAACUUGAAGUGCAUCUAUAUUUAAAUCGGAAUCUACAAGACAUCUUACUGAUCAGAGCUCAAUAGACAAUAAUGAUCAGAAUGACCAAGAUAAAUUCAUGAACAGAAUUCAACUGGACCUCAUGUUAUUCCUACCCAAUUUACGAAAUUUAAAUUGUAAAAUUGUAACAUUUCUCCGAUUGCCGUCAACAAGUAGUGAACAAUUGAAAAUGCAUUUGACUGUACGAUAUUGCCACUUCCGUGCGGUGGUGAGGAGCUGCUGCUGGAAUCAUAUUUUGGGUGGCUCAACGUUGUUGGUUUCUCUCAUGCCCACACAGGUGGGGUGGGGGGGGCCUAUCACGUGUGAAAACAUUAUGAUUGCGCAGUGUAUUUGCUGCUUCAGUAUUGAGGUUCGCUUCGGCAAACGCUCCGAAAUGACUCUUGUCGAAAACAACAAUGGGGGUUGUCUCCACAUCACACCGUGGAAUGCAACACCGUGGAUCGCUGGCGCUCGAAGAAAGCCGCUUCACUUUUAUUGUAUUACUUAGCUUGCGAGGAUGAGAUGAGCCCUGCUGUCUCGCUCUACAUUCAUUGCCUCCCUCAAGCCCAAGGGACUGCUCCUUAAAAAUAAAUGGCUCACUUUGUGGCGCGGUAAGGCUGAUUAGAAAACCGUGGCUCGAGAUGUCACCUUUCUGAGAUCAACACUUGACGUGGUAUAUUUAUUACUCUCCAGCUUCCCAAAUUUCAUGACGAUGCAAGACUACAAAAUUAACUGGAUCCUUGAUUAUAAAAAAAAGUAACGUGGAUCAAUAUUCGAAGACUGUUCACCGUUCAAGUAGCACACUUUCCAGGGCAAUUAAAAGAAAAUAACACCUGCACCUGCUGGAUGGAAGACUGGAACCCGCCAUUGGAAGGUUUACUGUGGUACAUGCUGUUGCACGUAACUUCUACUAGAAGUGAAACGCAACAUUCAAGGGACCAAUUUGGCAGUGGUCUACAAGAGCAGAUCAGAUUGAAACUCACAACUUGUUCAGUGAAACCGCCUCAUACCAGGAAAAUUCACAAGUGGGCAAUGACUGUGCUGGAACAUUUCUUCGCGGUGGUGAGAUGUUAACUCCCUCGCUGGUAUGCAGGGGAUUGUGGGUUCGAUCCCCACCCCGUCGCCUGUAUAUUUGGAGUUUGCGUGUUCUCCCCGUGGUUGCAUAGAAUUUUCUCUGGGUCCUCCGGUUUUUCCCUCCACAUUUAGAAACAUGCAUUUGGGGUAUUUGGCUGCUAUAUAUUCCCAUGUGAUAAGCCACUCUCUUGAGCUAUCAUUUGUGACCAGGUCUGAAAAAGAGCUAUUUAGCUCGGUAGGUCUUCCCUGGUAAAAUAAAGAGAGAAAAUUUGUUUUGGUCUGGGCAGGGGCCCAGUGUCCCAGUGUCCAAGACGUUACCCUCUGUGUGUUUCUGUAUAAUGCAGCAUUGACGGAGGUGGAAAGAGUAUUUUUUCAAUGCGUGUCCUUGUACUCGAAUACAUUAUUGAGACGGCUCCAGUUAUGGCCGAAUUGUGUUCCGACUGAGGCCAGCGAUGAUUGCUUGUUGACUCCACUGUGGAGACAGACGUAUGAUCUAUAGCUGAUGACCAAGGGGGAUGUCACAGCGCCGAGACAAGGCCCAAGUUUUCAAUAUUUAUCACCCAGCUCUGGUAUGGAGUUUUAUGGCAACACAAGUAAUGCAUUUAAAAAUGGAAUCUAUCUACUGCACACGGGCUGCCAGAGCCAUGAUUGGUAAUUGAUAAUUGCAAGUAAUUGCCUUCCUCAAAAAGUAUGAAGAAAUCUAUUUUCAUCUCUCGUGAGGAGAACUUGGAUUGUAGGAUAUAUAAAAAAGAGUGGAUUCAUUUGAUAAUUGGAAUCGAGUGCGGUAUUGCAAUGUAACAAUGUCUUCUGUCUGUUACAAGUUUAUUUGGCAGUUAUUUAAAAUAUAUAUAGUGGGGGAGAUACGUUUAAGCAAUGAGAAAGUUUUAAUUAGAAUUCUUAAAUGCCUGCGUUAAUAAUUAUAGCACUUAGACACAGCGUCCCUUGUGAGAGGCCUGGGUAAGGAGCCAACUGAAAAAUGAAACCAGGUGGUUGACUGGAUAUUGACCAAUAGUGAAACUGUUCUUAGUCUACAGACCCAAAAAAUUUCACAAAUAGACAACAAAACAUAGGACAAAGAUCUUCCCCCGUCCGCCUUUUCAGGCUGUUGUGACUAGUGCUGUUCACGAGCAACUAUGAAGGCAAACAGACACACACACAUUCAAACAUUUACAUUGCUAAGUUGUAUGUCGGAUAUAAGUUAAGUGCUUUUGGUUUGUAAUUAGCAAGGCCAGAAUGGGCCAUUAUGGGAGUGCAUAAGUGUAAAAAAUACAUUUGUUUAAAGUGCAGUGACAUGCGGCAUAUUGUUUGCUUAUUUAUUUAGUUACGUAUAUUCUCCACAACAACGCCUAUUAGUAGUGUGGCAUGUACAGUAUUAUAUAAUUGUGUCGAACAAGGACCCAUAUGUUAUAAUCUGACAGUUCACCAGCAGCGUUUCAAGCAAAACCGGUCCAGAGUUUUGCUUGUAUUGAAUCAAUGCUGCUGAAAUUAUGCACUCCCACAGGUCGUUGUGGUUGAUGGCAAGUGUAAAAAAAAAGAUUUCAUUUUGUACGUGGAAGGACAGCUAUAUAUGAAGGAGAUGCACUAUAUUGUGUGCAUAUUUACUCUGUCGUCUCCCAGGUGUUGUUUACACACUGCACUAGGCACUCAUUUAAACCCAAAUUGACCCUUUCAAGGCCUUGAAUAGGUUGGAAUUGAAUCCGGACCUCUGGUAUUGCAAUGCAGCACAGUGUGUGCAAUACUACGUGCCCACUCCAUACCACAAAGACAAAGAUCGACGUGAAUGCACACGUGUGGUGUGAAGGCCGAGGGAAGGAGUAUAUGUGGGUGGAGAGAGGAAGGGGAUGUUUUCUGCUGCGAGUUUGACUGCCAUGCCGCACAAAAGCGUGUUGGUGUCCUAUCAUCGUUCUGCCGCGCUUCAGGUCUCCCCUCUUGUCGAUUCGUCCAUGCGAUGGGAGAAUUCAUAUUUGAUGCAUAAUUGCUCGGCGCACGCCAUCUGCCACAAAUUAUGGGAUUCAGGAAAACAAACAACAAUGGCUGCCGUUAUGUGAGAAAAGGACCGGGCCAACAGACUUCACCUGCAGCUGCAAACGUGGGUCUGAAUAAGUACGAAAUUAAUACCACAAAUCGUUUUAGGAUUCUGAAAUACCUACAUGGAACUUAAAUGGAGUAGGAUCGUAAUAAAGGAUAGUAUCCACAGUGAUCGUGUAGUUUUGUUCGGGUAACCAAGCUUAAAAUUAUGCUAUUUGCACAUUGUUAGUUACUUUCCAUGAGUCCUGGAAAUAUCUAUGACCAAAUCACCGAGAAUAUGUCUAAUAUUGUAAGGCACAUUUAGCUAGGUCACCGACCCUUUGGUGAUCCUAGGGCUUGCCAGGUGUUUGUUGUUUAGAGGCGGCAAGGUGGCCAGGAGAUGGCAGUGCUGAGUGUCACCCCCUCGUUUGCGUUGUGGUGCGUGUCUCUGGGGCACUCCAGUUUCUCCUCACAUGGUCAAACAUCCCAAUUUUCAGGACUCUGCUGGAAAAGUACUGAGACUUGCUGAGGCCGUCAUUGGUAAAUAUUUAGUUUUCUUAUUACAACAUUCUCAUUUACGAUCCUUUAUUUUUAUAAUGUGAUGCACAACAAGGGUGGGGAAGGCCAGUUUAUCUGCAAUAAUCUAGUUCUCAGCUAAGUGCAAGAGGGCAUUUCAAAUUAUUUCCAGUAUAACCUCAGGUCAAGAAAUCUGUCACCAAGACAGAAGCACAAUACAAGAACAAGUCUUACAACAGGUCAGAGAUCCAUUUAAAGUCCAUGAUAUUGACAUUAAUUGUAUAUGUUCUUGAAAAUACAGCAGUAACGUAUUAUAUUGGGUCCCUGUUCCACACUAUUGCCAUUUAUAGUAUGUUGAAACAAUCCACUGUCGUAGUAAUAAAACACCCAGGAAAACAACAAGAUACCUUAAUGGCCUAGCUCUAAGAUCGUUUGUUAGAAAAUUACACCAAUAUAUGAUGCUGAAAUUAUGCACAGAUAAAUCAGAAAUUCACGUAUGCAUGUUGAACUUCUUCCGCAUCGUAUGUAGCCAACCACCCGCGAGGUAGACGCUGCAACACACAUUGCUGCUCCCGUCUCGAGUGGCCCACCAACCCUGCCUCUAAGUUAGCGGGCUACAGCUGCCAAUUGUAGAACACACCUUGAGUAGGGCAUUUAAACCAAUAUGUCGGGGAGGUGGGGGGGGAAUAACUAAAGAUAUUUUAUUAGAAAUAUUAAGUCUUCAUCAGCACAAUAUAUUUAGUAAAACUAUAAUUGUUUAUGAAGCCAACAGUGUUUUUGCUCUGAGUUGACAAUGAAUCGGCAACUUCAAGUGACUAAAUACUGUUGUGAGAGGUUAGAUAUUAUCACCAGAACUCAUUGAAAGCUCGCUUACCCGACCUGGUUUUUCUAUGUGGAGACAAAUACGGCAAGGAGGAAUAUUUAUAUUCUUGGGUAUUUUCGUUAAAGCCACGUGGCUUUACCGAAAUACCCAAGAAUAUAAAUUCCUGCAGCCACGAAAGCUUUAAAUCAAGAUUUGUGGAGGAAUAUUGUCUGCUUAUUUAUGUUGUUGAAUUCAAAUAUUAAUUUGCUAACGACUGAAUUAUCAGAAAUGAAAAUCGCAUCCCAAGGGUCUUCAGCCUGGCAGGGCAAUUGCUCAAUAACUUUUCCAAACGCAAUUGGAAAUGUCAGAUCUCGCGAGUUAUUCAAGUUUUGUUCUGAACCAGAGUCUACAGCAACAAACACCACCGAUAUAUAUUAACAAGGACAAAAGGAAUGCAUUCCACACUCGCCAUCAUGACCACAAACGUCUUCACAUGGCACGUGUUCGACUUGUUACAAACACUAAAAAGGUAGUUAAAAGUCAGUCUUCAAAUUAAGCAGUGCCUCGCAUGAGACAUGGCAGUGUGCACAUUUUGUGCAUUGCCACAUGCGAGUUAUAACAUAAAAACUACGUCCAGAAAUUCUAACAAAUCGGCUCAUUAAAAGUUGAGGCCCUUUUUGCAGAUAUGGCAACAUUGUAAGUAGAAACAAAGAGUUCAGGUUUCUCUCUGCAGUCAAAGACGUUAAAAAUGCGUUAUUUUACAAUCAAGCAUAAAAGCAUUUUAAUUUGAAGCUUAAGAGAUGAUUAUAUUGCACUUCUGCGGGACCAGAACACUACAGAUACUGCAGACGUUUCUGCGAUGACUCACAACGCAAACAUUGGCAUUGCAUGUUUGCCCCCAUUCUGAGUCCUGCUUGAUCAAGAAUACGAAUUGAACUUAUCAAUUCCAAUACUGUUGAGUCAAGUCCGUUGGACUCAAUAAGGUCACUUUGAAGCAAAUCCAUCAAUCAGAUAACAGAUAUUCAAGCUUUAACUGCGUAUUCUUCAUGGAUAUAAUCCAUUGGAUGGACCUUGCACUUGGAUGAUUUAAACAUAGGUUGGGGGUAGCCCUUCCCACAAUGCUCCAUUCUCAAUUGAACGUUGGGCAGAGCUCAACUGCAUUACGGCACCAGGCAUUUCUCAUUCCCAUGGUGGGGUUGGGUCCAUCCAUUUUACAAGUACAUUGCUAUUUCCCAAGCCGUGCUACCUCUUUCCAUAUGAUUGGGCAAGUCAUCUCACAGCUAAAAAUCUACCAAAGUGAUACAAUUCACGCAUUUCAAGUUUUCAAUUGAUAAUUUACAAAACUCAAACGUUGCAACCGCCAGUCGCUUCACUCCGCAUCUAUUCAAGCCACGUUCAUAGCAUUGUUUCCCAGUGUUUAUAAUACACCAAUGCUUACAUUGGUGCCGUGAAAAUACGAACGGCAUGUUUUAUAAAACAAUGCGAUGGAAUAAAUACAACAGUAUGCAUUAGAAAUGGCUUCAAUAGAGCGCCGUGAACGCGAUUGGAUUUGCUGUGAGCGUUAUGAAUGCGAAGGUCGGUGCGCUGCACCACGAACGUUCGUUUAGCGGCCGUUCAGGUGACAGCAGCAAUGGUGCUUUUAAAGAAAUGUCAACACGCAGCAGGCGGAUGGCGGAUGGCUCAGAUGAUGUAUCUUUUAACUCCGUUCACAGCACAGGACUGAUGUGAUAUUAGCACGUUGUCAUGGAGAAUUUUUUUUGCGAAAGGCGAGGAGUUGAUCUGCGGCGUUGAUGCUGCGCUCACGUCGAGGUUGGCGAGCGAGUGAAGUCGCCUCGCGGCGGAGACCUGGAACGCCGCCGCCAGUGACGCUUCUGUGUGGUCCACGGUGUGAGAUUGGCGACCGCACUGUGGGCUAUUCUUAAUCGUGCAUUGGUGCUGUGCAUUGUUUUGACGCGGCUCAAUACGGAUUGUGUGCAGGGUACUUAGUAAUGUGGGUACACACACUCAAAAUACAUGUAGAAUAUGUAUACAUGUGCACACACACAAAUAAGUGAAUUACUGUACAGAUAGCUGGCCUUGAAAAAAAACUGUUUUGAAAUCCGAUUUUGUAUUUAAAGAUUACUUGCCCAAAUGCGAGGGUCAAAAAAUUGCCUUCGGCAGGAGCGUUUAACCUAAAAUGGUAUCAAAUUGUGAGAGGAAUUGCGUUCGGUGGUGAAAACCCUGCAAUAUUUACAAAUGCACAUUUUAAAUAGCGACGCAUAAAGUUUGAAGCUACCGAAUUGUCGCUAAUGAAUAUAAGUAACGAUGACAAGGCAUUUGUGCAUCGAUUUAAAAGCGUAAUUGCGCGUUGUAUAUGGAUCCUUAUUUAACGCAGCGAGCAAAGCUUUGGUUCUCAUCGGCAUAGCGGUCGAUGGAGGCGACGUAGAGACGAGCGACGAAUGUGUGACGAGGUGUGACGAGGUGUGACGAGGUGUGACGAGGUGUGCACUUGUCAUCAAGGACACGUCGUGCUCCUUGAAUCAUUCCAUUGGUCGAUUUAUGUUGGGCAGUAUUCUCCAACGCUAGAUGGAAGCACCUUAUGACUACCUACGCAUAUUGUAGACAUGCUUUGUACAUUUGUAGCAAAACACGUUGUGUCAUUUCCUUUAGACAAAUGGCACCAGAGCUUACCAACUUAAACGUUAACGUAAAACGUUUUAGAAAACGCAGAAAAUAAUAACAAUUUGUAAUUAGAAUAUUAAAUGUAAGAUCACUAAUCCAGAAGCAAUAUGCUGGUAUAACUGCAUAUGAGUUCAUUUAAAUAUUCAAGUGUACUAUUAUUGUAUGUAUUUAGAAAUACCUAAUAAUGUACACGGUAGCUUCGAUUUCUUCGCGUCGGUAGUGUUAGCAAAAUAGUUACGCCGAGACAGAACACUAUGCUGUGAAAAAUUUGCACAAUAUGAUAAAUGUGACUUUUCGUUUGAUGUUCGCCUUUGGUGGUCUAGAGUAGACUAAGAGGCAAGUGCCGCUGCUACGCUCGUGUGGGAUGAGACGCUUUGGGAUGAGACGCUUUGGGAUGAGACGCUCUCUUGGGAUGAAAAUGAGGCGGGGGGAGGAGGCACUUUAGAGUCUGCGCUCGCCAGGGCCUUUAUGCAGCACAUGACAGGACAAAACAUACAACAACCCAGAAAUUAACCAUUUGGAACAAAACUCGCAUCUUUGGUUUAAACGUGCGCAAACGUGAGCCAUUCAAACGCAACACUUUCUGUAAAUGGUGAGAAAGGCUAGCACAAAAAUAAAUUGUGCGCGAGGCUGGAAAACGAACAGGCUGAACAUCAACACAAAGGUGUUGCUGCUCGCAAACAGCAGGAAGAAGGUUCGACUGCCAUCACGAGGCUUGGACAAGGCUGAGAGCAGCAUUGUGCAUGCAAUGUGGCAGGUCACGUGACAUGCACACAAGGUGUGAUAGGAAUUGUGCUUGCCUGUUGUUGAGAGCAGCACACGUUUGAGCUUUUAAAUGUAAAAUGUGAAAGGAAGUGGCAGUAUUUUUGCGAAAUUCCAAAAAUGCAUGGCCCUUUUAUUUGCUUUGAGCACCAAUCUUACUACUUUUAGCUAAAGCAUUGCAAUAAAUGUGACUAUUAUUUCGACAUUGUACAUGUUUUACUUGCAGCUAUUGUACAUUUUCUGAAUUGAUAUGAAAUCGUAAUUUAUACAAUAUAGAUUCCCCUUAAACAUUGUUACAUUAUAACGCCUUAUUCAAUAUUGUAAAUACAUAAUAAAACAUGCCAAAUUUAUAAUAUUAAUCAGUUAAUAAAUUCCAGUGGAAUUAUCAGAUACUACAGUACAUUUUUUGACAUCCUACAAUGUGUUUUUCUAAAACAUGCACGUGAAAAAAACCUCCAAACAAACAAGAAAAGACAUGUUAAAUUUCGGACACUAUUUUAAUUCAUGUUUGAACAAUACUGCUAUUUAAAAAAAAAUCACCUACACGAGCUCGUUAAGUUAAAUCCCACGGCAUGUGUUUUAGUACAGCACUAUUCUAUAAUAAACAAACAGCAAGACCUCAUUCACAACACCUACCACCCCAGCCUCUUUUUCUGGAAAGGUUAAAGGUUAUGCACGAUUUUGCCACCGAGCAGAGCGACGCACUUCGUUUCCCUUGCACUCCUGAAAGCGCCACAGCAGGCACCGCUGUUUGGUGUAGAUGACGGAGGCAACAUUUUCUAUCAGCGCCAGAUAUUCUCCCCAAAUACCUCUCUUCCACUGUACCAAGCGAGCCGCACCAGGGUCACAUGGAACCAAGCCCGGCGUGGGCUAGGAGGCGCCAGAUUGUUUUUCCAUUGCAGAAUCCAUGCUGUGUCUCACUGACGUCGCACGCAAGAUUAAAGAAUCGAGACGUAUACAGAUGGUGCCGUAUUUGAUUGUACUGACAAGUCACAUGCGUUAAAGGUUCGUUAGCUCCAACCGUGGCCCUCCUUGGACCCGAGCCAGAUUCAGAUGACUUUUGAUGCAAGCACAGCACCGUUUGAUUCCAACAGUGCAAUAACCUAAACUACGAGGGCAACCACGCUGGCUCGGCUCAAAUGUGCCAGUGGAAAAGGGGUAUAACGGUGUUCCACGAUCUUUAAGAGCAUUACAUCUGUAUUUAUUCGUGGUACAACUCAGUGUCACAUGCACACAUGUAUCUGUGUGUACACACACACAUUACACACAUCCUAUUCACGCACAGUUCAAAAGUGGCGCAAUUAAAGCAUUUUAAGAGCAAGAUACUAACAAUUGUCACGUCAAAACCUAACAUUGCGCUUAACUUUAGCGCCACAUUAUUGCCAGCAAACAAAAUAUAUGCCAAAUCAAAAGUUAAAUCAGUGUCCCCAUACGCAUUUCGUGCAGUGCUCCGCUCUAAUAGUAUUCGAGAACCAACAAUGGAAAUCCCAUAUUGCAAUGACAGAUAACAGUUUCUCCACAGUACCGACUUCGCAUGAAGUGGUGGAACUUGACCGUGCAAUGCUCAUUUUAUGAGCUCUGCAUGAUGAUGAUGAUGGGGCCGACUUGGCACCGACUGAGACUCGACCUUACGACCUCUUGAUUGGGAGCUCUGCUGUUCUAGCCAAGUGAGCAAAAUACACCCGUUUAUAUUUGUGCACGAAUCAUGUUGCGAGUGCAGCAACGUCAGAGCUUGCACUAUUGUAUAUCCUGGGCAUACUUUUUAAUAUCUUGCACUCAAAAUGUAUGAUUGCUGCUCUAAAAUAUUGUAAUGUAUAUAUGCCUGCAUAUAAGCAUCGUGUCAAGUACAAGACUGUCUCUAUUAGCACUGGCUAAUGAAAAUGCCAAUCGUUAUUACCUCCGUCAGCUUGGUAUUGUGUAUUAAGUUUUUUUUUUUAUCAAAUAACCAAUGUCACGAUCACGAAGGAACUCAUUUCACUGUUAAGAAUCUUCCUGCCGCCCGGAUUAAAUAAAAGAUCAUAAGGUUCAACCAAAUACAA